AUGGGUAAAGGCACGGACAAGCUGUACAUCACACACAGCGAGUGGUCGUCCGAAGACGCCUUCUCUGCCAGCGCUGGCGCAAAUGCCCGCAAGUCUGCGAACGCCGGAGCCGGAGCCAAUUUCAAGCGUCUACCAUUCAGCUUCUGUGCCGUAUCGCUACAACCUUUCGAGCACCCAGUCUGCACUGCCAACGGCACCAUCUUCGACCUGACCAACAUCUUACCAUGGAUCAAGAAGCACGGAACGAACCCAGUCGAUGGACAGCCAUUGAAGAGCUCUGGGCUGAUCAAGCUCAACUUUGUCAAGAACGAAGAGGGCGAAUACGUCGAUCCGGUGACAUUCAAGGUCAUUACCGACAACUCACAUCUGGUCGCAUUGAAGACCACGGGCAAUGUGUUCAGCUAUGACACAGUUGACCGCUUGAAUAUCAAGGCGAAGAACUGGCGAGAUCUCGUCAACGACGAGGAGUUCAAGCGGAGCGACAUCAUCACAUUGCAAGAUCCGCAGAACAUUGAGUCUAGGAAUCUCAGCCACUUCAAGUACAUUCAAGACGGUACGAGCACUCUGACGCCAGAGAAGGACGCUGAACGAGGCGCCGGGAUCAACGACCAGAACCUUGGCUCGGCAGGAAAGAUCAUCAAGGCGAAGGAGGCUGUUGCCAAAGCCAGGGCGGAGCGGGAGAAGGCAGCGAACCAGGCCAGUGGCUCUGCUGAAGCACAGGCUCUUGCGAACGCGCGAAAAGCACAUGCAGAUGUCGCAAAGUCCUCCCGAACUACCAAGCCACUUCCGUACAAUGCAGCACAGUACACCAACGGACAAGCAGCAGCUUCCUUCACAAGUACCGGUCUUACGCCAUCGACAUCUACUGAACAUGCCAUCAUGAGCGACGAAGAGUAUAUGCUCAAGCCGAAGCGUGUCAAACAGAAAGGCUAUGCUCGCAUGUCGACCAACCUGGGCUCCGUCAACAUUGAGCUCUACCCCGAGUAUGCCCCGAAAGCUGUAUGGAACUUCAUCCAGCUCUCGAAGCGCGGCUACUACAACAAUGUCGCAUUUCAUCGGAACAUCAAGAACUUCAUGAUCCAGGGUGGCGAUCCGACAGGAAGCGGCCGUGGCGGACAGUCUUGCUGGGGCAAAUCCUUCACUGACGAGCUCGAAGGCCCACUCACACACGACGGCAGAGGUGUGCUAUCGAUGGCGAACAAGGGCAAGGACACCAACACGAGUCAAUUCUUCAUACUAUACAAAGCCGCGUCACACCUCAACCGCAAGCACACCAUCUUCGGCCGAGUGGUCGAUGGACUUGACACGCUAGACAGGCUGGAGAAGGUGCCUGUAGAUGACAAGAGUCGGCCUGAACAAGACUGCGUCAUUCAGGACGUUGCGAUUCUCAUUGAUCCCUUCGAAGACUUCCUCAAGCAGAGAUCGGAGAAGGAGGCAGAAGAGGCGAGGAAGGAGCAACUCAAGAUGGAAGGUGGAGCUGAGGAUGAGAGAACGACUUGGACAGGCAAACGCAUCCGUGCAAAUGGCAAGGUGGAAGACAGUGGUGCGGCGAGUGGUGUUGGCAAGUACCUCAAGACUGCUACGCCCGCGGAACAAGAUGAAGUGGUGGAAGAGUGGGACGAGGCAGAGCCUCCGCCGACCAAGAAGGUGAAGAAGGGCGGUGGCUUCGGGAAUUUCGAUGCGUGGUGA